CAGGUCCUGCUCGCAGGUCAGUCAAUCAAGAUUUCGGAUUUGAGAACAAUACUCUUCGUUUUGUUUCUUAAAGGAUCGAGCGAGGGUUCCUGAAACGGGUUAUAGGCCCUUACCAACAUGUCCAGCUCCUUCACCCUACCCCUCCGGCCUACGGUCGAGAAAGGCGCUCGAGAAGAUGCUUUACCCAUACGGAUUGCUCAGAUCAAUGCGCAGCGCGGAUCAUUUCGCAACGUCACGGAAGAGAGCCUAAAAGCCGAGAUCGAAGCGCAAAAGAAUGGUGUGGAACGAAAAGAAGAUGACAGCAAAGAAUCGGACGUGGAUGCAACCGAACGCAUAGACCUGUUGUACAAGCGCCGCGCCGAUAUCACCCAAUUCGCGCUCCAGGCGCACAUGGAAUCCAUGUUCGCUCUUGACUUUAUAUCCUUGCUGCUUUCGAAACACACUCCCCGCCAGGCGGAACUUUCUAUGUCUCCGCACCUCAAACAAGUGGCACCCACUGGUUCAUUGAGUACGGACAUCAUCACGUCUCCGGAGAAGUCGGAAUCGGCAAAACGGGACAGGAAGGCAGUAUCGCGUGGUUGGAAGCUUGAAAGCUUCAAUGCGGCGGCAAACAAGCUACUGAAAUCAGCAACUAGGUUGGAGGAAGAGGUGGCCGCGGAGACAAAAUACUGGGGAGAGGUGCUCACGAUCAAGGACAAAGGAUGGAAAGUCUGCAGGCUUCCAAGGGAAAGACAAGCCCUGGGUGUGCAGUACGGUUUCUUGGAAGCUACACCAACCUUUAGAGAUCGGGGGCUAGCAUCUUUGCGCCGUGCUGAAAACGGGAGUCUGAUCCUAGACAAGGGAUUAGUGCCGUCGAAGGCAAGAGCUGUUCGUGUACAGAUAAAACGAGAUGGCCGUACAACUGGAUGCUCCAAGAUGCCUACAGGCCCUUCUAAUGGCGAGUGUUCAAUAGAAGACCGGAUUCUGCAGGCUCGCGAUACGCUCUUUGAGGAAGAAUUGUUCCACGAACUUAGUCGCGAGGCGCGAAUCAUGGCUAGCCAGGGUGUUAUGACUGGGCAGAAUCUCAUACAGUUUCAGGCGUCCGAGGGUCAAGAUGUGAUUCUUGAGCUAGUUGAUAUCAAUGAGACCUGGGACGACAGGCCUUCGGAGGGCCACGUGCCCGAGGAUGACACCCUCUCGGAUGGUAUCGCUCAUUCGAUACGUAUUCUGCUUUCUUAUGCACAUCGCCAGAACCUGCGUCGGAGGAGACAGAUCCCGCCCCCAUUGACUCCGAAGAAGCGAUCAACCCCAGAAUAUCAGCUUCUACGGCCAAUUGCUGGUUAUCUCCAGCAUAGUUCACAUGUCCGUUCGCUAGGGGCAUUCUUGAAAGACGUCUACCGAGUCCUUCAAUCAGCCGGAGUGGACUGCAGCUACACUGCGACGCCUUUCUCUUCUGUGAAUCUCUCCAGGGAUAGCGGCUCAUCUCAUACAGUUGAGAGGAUCACCAAAGAGUUUCUAUCGCCAUUUGAAUCCAGCUUUUCAGGAACUCUCGCAACGCCUGCGAGCUCCUUCAAUAUAAAAGUCCGUACCCACAUGGCCCCUCCAUCCUUGGGGACUGACUAUGAAAUCUCCAUUAACCUCCCGAGUGUUCCCGACAUACAACCACCGGCUAGACUGGGCCUCAAGGAUGAAGUUGAGGCUCUUAUUACUCACCUGAUCACGCUUGAUUUGGUGAACGUCAUACCCUCGUUGUCACCUCGAUCAAAGCCUUCCAGUGCUGAGCACAUUUCGUCGGACAACGCUAAGGAUGUAAAACACUGCUUACUUGGCAGCCCACAUUCCCACACCACGGAGAAUUACGUGCUUUUUACCCAGCCACAGGUAGAAGCAAGAAGCUGGCUCUUAAGCUUUCUUCAAAAGAAUUAACUCUUCAAUCGAGCUGGCUAUCUGGCUUGCAGAUAUCUGGAGAUGAA